CCUUUUCUAGCUAUCAAACCACCAAAAAAGCAGACUCAAUAUUUUCUCAACGGUUUCUUCGUAUCAAUUUAUUUAUUUAUUUUAAUAAAGAAUUUAAUUCUUCAUCUUCUUCUCAUUAUUCACCUAUAUAUAUACAUACAAUACAGACAAUUUAGGGCAUAAAACUGUUCCAGUCAGCCAUGGAAGAAUCCAUGGAGCUCCGAGCUAUGAAGAAGAAGAAGAAGAAGAACACGACAACAACAACAACAACCGAAGAAAGCUUGACCAACUUCUUUGAUUUUCUCUCCGAAGAACUUGUUGUCUUAAUCCUUGACUUCCUUAAUCAAAACCCAUUUGACCGUAAAUCAUUCUCUCUCGUCUGUAAGUAUUUCUACUCCGUCGAAGCCAAACACCGCAAGACCCUUAAACCCCUGCGAUCUAAUUCCAAACAUCUCGGCUCUGUUCUCACCCGGUACCCGAACUUGACCCGAAUUGAUCUCACGCUCUGUUCUAGAGUCGCUGAUAAUUCGUUAGCCGAAAUCUCCAAUGCAUGCAAGGCGAAUCUCAGGUCCAUCGAUCUUUCGAGGUCGAGGUUUUUCUCGGGAGCUGGGUUGUUGAAUUUGGCUUUGAGUUGUGAGAAUUUGGUUGAGAUUGAUCUUUCUAAUGCGACGGAGCUGAUGGAUUCUGGUGCAGCGGCGGUUGCUCAGGCUAAGAAUUUGGAGAGAUUGUGGUUGGCGAGGUGUAAGAUGAUUACGGAUUUGGGGGUUGGGUGUAUUGCUGUUGGUUGUAGGAAGCUUAAGCUGAUUAGCUUGAAAUGGUGUGUUGGGGUUGGGGAUUUUGGGGUGGGAUUGAUUGCUGUUAAAUGCAAAGAAAUUCGUAGUUUGGAUCUCUCCUUCUUGCCGAUCACUGAUGAAUGCUUACCAUCUAUCUUGAGAUUACAAUAUCUUGAGGAUUUGGUUUUAGAAGGAUGUUUUGGUAUUGAUGACAGCAGUCUUGAGGUUCUCAAAUGUUGCUGCAAGUCAUUAAAGAAACUCGAUUUGUCAAGUUGCCAGAACAUUACUCAUGUUGGGUUAUCUUCGCUUACAAAUAUAGCUGGCGAAAAUCUUGAGGAACUCACCUUAUCAUAUGUCUCUCCUGUGACUUCUGUUCUUGCCGAUAGCUUGAGAGGGCUUCCCAUGUUGCAAACAGUUAAAUUGGAUGGUUGUCUAGUUACUAGUGCUGGACUGAAAGCCAUUGGAGAUUGGUGUGUAUCUUUGAGGGAGUUGAGCUUAAGUAAAUGUUCUGGUGUGACUGAUGAUGGUCUUUCCUCUCUUGUUAUCAAACACAGAGAUUUGCGGAAGCUGGAUAUUACCUGUUGCCGCAGAAUCACUUAUGUGUCUAUUGCCCACAUUACAAAUUCAUGCUCUGCUCUCACUUCUCUCAAGAUGGAGUCAUGUGCUCUUGUUUCUAGAGAAGCAUUUGUUUUGAUUGGACAGCGAUGUCGUUUCUUAGAGGAGCUUGACCUAACAGAUAACGAAAUUGAUGAUGAAGGUUUGAAAUCUAUCUCUAGAUGCUCUAAACUCUCAAGCUUAAAACUUGGAAUUUGUUUGGACAUAACUGAUAAGGGAGUUGCACAUGUUGGUUUUUCUUGCUCUAAACUCAAAGAGCUCGAUCUAUACAGGUGCACAGAUAUUACGGAUUCUGGCAUUUCAGCUAUUGCCAGUGGUUGCCCUGACCUUGAGAUGAUUAAUAUAGCCUAUUGUAAAGACAUCAGUGAUGAUUCGUUAGUAUCUUUGUCGAAAUGCUCAAGGUUAAACACAUUUGAAAGUCGAGGCUGCCCACUUAUUACAUCUUCUGGCUUAGCAGCUAUUGCUACCCAAUGUAAGCAGCUUGUCAAGCUAGACAUAAAGAAAUGUUUCAAGAUUGAUGAUGCCGGGAUGGUUUCUCUGGCUUACAAUUCCCAGAAUCUAAGACAGAUUAAUUUGUCAUAUACCGCAGUGACAGAUGCAGGACUUGUAACUCUUGCCAGGAUUAGUUGCCUACAGAGUUUGACCAUUUUGCAUUUGGACGGUUUGAGUCCUGGUGGAAUCGCCCUUGCCUUGUUGGCAUGUGAAGGCCUAACAAAAGUAAAGCUUCAAACAUCCUUUAAAUCAUUGCUACCGCACCCUCUUCUCAAACAUUUAGAAGGACGGGGAUGUGCGAUUCAGUGGAGGGAUAAAGUUUUGCAGGCUGAGCUAGAUCCACUGUGUUGGAAGCUAAAGUUAGAAGACAUCAUGUACUAAGGGCACCUCACCUAUCUGCAUGUUUUUGAAGAGUUUUACCUCGCCAUGGUUGCGUGGUUCCAUGGUUCGAUGAUAAUAGGUAGACAAUAAAUGUAACUCAAAGAAGUAGCAGCCUCAUCAUGGUUCGACAAGGGCAACAACUGUGUUGUGUUGUGUUGUGUUGCAGUGAGAGCUGUGGGGACAUUUUUUCUAUUCCAUUUUUCAAGUCUUUAAAUGGUGUAUACUCCCCAAACCAAUGAGUAACUUUUAUUAUGAAAUGAAUUCUAGUUUAGUUUAUAUCAUGGGAAUGAGUUGUCAAGUUUGUAAAUAUAGUACUAAAUACUAAUAGUAAUAGACAUUGUAUGUACAAUCGUAAAUGCAUAUAUAUAAUAAAUUUUGUGUUGAGUUAA